AAAUACAAAAAAAUCGCCCACCCAAGACCACACUUCUCUCCUCCUCACGGAACCAACAACCCCAAAUCUAGUUCCUCCAUGUUGCCAUCAUCAUGGCCAAUCUUUCUUCGUCAGUGUUGAGGCAGGCAUCUCGCCUGGCAGCUAAAUCAGUUAUCCAGCCAUCUUCCCGUCAAGGCGUUCGCGGCCUUUCUCGAGUGGCGACAGCUCCGUUAUAUCGGCCGUCAUCUCGGAGCUAUGUCACCGCGACGAGGAGAGACAGCGCCCAGGUGGCCGAUGCUAAGGUUGAGACUGCUAUACGGUUAGACAAGAAGGACUUUGAGACAACUGGUUUAUCGCUCAACGCCCAAGAUGGGUCAAAUGCAAAAGUCAGUCCCAUGGCUGACGUUCUGAAGCAGGCUACUCUGAUGGAAGAGGGUCAGCGGCCGAUAUAUCUCGAUAUGCAGGCUACAACUCCUGUUGAUCCGCGAGUUCUCGAUGCCAUGCUCCCUUACUACGUUGGUGUCUAUGGAAACCCUCAUUCCCGAACCCACGCAUAUGGAUGGGAGACGGACAAGGCCGUUGAGGAGGCACGAGAACAUGUUGCAAGGCUUAUCGGAGCAGAUCCGAAGGAAAUCAUCUUUACCAGUGGAGCCACGGAGAGUAACAACAUGAGCAUCAAAGGCGUUGCCAGAUUCUUCGGCAGAUCCGGCAAGAAGCGGCACAUCAUCACCAGCCAGACAGAACAUAAAUGUGUCCUGGACAGCUGCAGGCAUUUGCAGGACGAAGGAUUCGACGUCACCUACCUGCCUGUCCAGAGCACGGGCUUGAUCGAUCUUCAAGAACUUGAGGCGGCGAUGCGGCCGGACACAGCCCUCGUCAGCAUCAUGGCCGUAAAUAACGAAAUCGGCGUUAUCCAGCCGCUAGAGAAGAUUGGCAAGCUUUGCCGGGAGAAGAAGGUCUUCUUCCAUACCGAUGCCGCACAGGCCGUCGGCAAGAUUCCCAUGGAUGUUAAUGCCUUGAAUAUCGACCUCAUGUCCAUCUCGUCUCACAAGAUCUACGGCCCCAAGGGUACCGGGGCGUGCUACGUCCGAAGAAGGCCCAGGGUCAGGUUAGACCCCAUUAUUAGCGGUGGAGGUCAGGAACGAGGCUUGAGGAGCGGCACGCUAGCACCUCCGUUGGCAGUGGGCUUCGGGGAGGCGUGCCGCAUUGCGUACGAGGAUAUGGCGUACGACUCGAAGCGCAUCAAGGCGCUGUCCGACAGGCUGCUCAAGGGGCUGCUGGCUCUGGAGCAUACCAACCAGAACGGCGAUCCCGAGCACUUCUACCCCGGCUGCGUCAACGUGUCCUUUGCGUAUGUUGAGGGAGAGUCCCUUCUCAUGGCGCUCAAGGAUAUUGCGCUGUCAUCUGGGAGCGCCUGCACGUCCGCCUCGCUGGAACCCAGCUACGUGCUACGGGCAUUGGGCAACAGCGACGAGAGCGCUCAUUCGAGCAUUCGUUUCGGCAUUGGCCGAUUCACCACAGAGCAGGAGAUUGAUUAUGUCCUGAAGGCCGUUCAGGAGCGUGUAUCAUUCCUUCGGGAACUGAGCCCCCUGUGGGAACUUGUCCAGGAGGGAGUUGAUUUAAACACGAUCGAAUGGAGCCAGCACUAGGCGUCCGCGUGGGAAAGGGCUGGCUGGGCUGGCGCUCAUGAUGGGUCUUAUUUGACCGGGGAUGGGAGGCAAGGGAAGUCAGCGGAUGGAGAAGAAGGCGCCCGUCGCCGGUCUUUCACUUGUAUCACUAAACUGUAUACUCAACGACAACAACCGACAUACCAUUGAUGAGAGCCCUGGGCAAAACAGGGACACAAGUUGGGGGUGUUGCCAAUAAUGCGGGUGGGGAU